AUGCCGGCAGGUGCGCAGUUGGACAAGCCCUUAAAGGCGGGGAUUUCUCGGCUUCGGCUUCGCGUGGUGGUCGUUGCCUUCCUUUCCCGAUUGUUUUGUCUCUCUCUAACGUGCUUUUGGGCGCAUCGUCAUCCAGCGUACAACAGCCAGUCUUCUCUUCUUCACCCCACGGCUGUGAAGAGACAAGACUACAUUUCCUCGUCUCUUUUGGAGCACCGUCUUUCUUCUCCUCACAGCUCCGCUCUCAGGCAUUUUCAUCCUUUCCAUCUGACAGAUUUCGAGCCCCCGAGGUCUCACACCGAAGAAGGAAUUGAGAAUCCAGAACGUGCGGAAUUUGAGAAGGCACAACCCCCGCAUGUUGCUCCACAGUCAGAGAAAUCCAGAGUUCUUGUUCUGGAGCCUCUCACGGAAGAGGCCAUUGCCCCGCUUUUCCCCGAGCAGGGAGCCAGUUCUGGUGUACCUACACGUGACAGCGAGUUGCUUACAUUCCGGAACGGUGCCUCUACGUUUCUUCCAUCUGAGGUCAUCCCUGUGAGUGCCCUACCCCCCUGGGGACGCGACCCGCCUCCUGGCUCAUUCGAUGGAGCAGAAAGACUGGAACCAGCGGGACUAGGGUCCCGAAAAUCAGGCGGAAGUCGCGCAUCGUCUGCGGGUCUUUCUGCCACGCGGUUGUCAUCCUCCGUCUCGUCUCCAGCUUCCCAGUCCAGUCCGGGAAACUCUAGGUCUUCACCUGCGUCCGCCUCAAGAAUCGAUGACUUCGUCUGGCGUUUCGUUGUUCCCUUCCUCAGUUGGGACGGCGAAUACUUUGUAGUGUUUGCUCUGCAGGAGACAGCGUACUACUUCGAGCUGACUCAUGCCUUCUUCCCAGGUCUCUCUCUGGUGUACAUACACCUCGGCGGCUUCCUCCGCCGUGUGCUUUCGCAAGCUUGCAGGGUUGCCCAAACAGCCUGGCCUCGGUUUUCCUUCUUUUCUUCCGAAACACCAACGGACAAAAGAGGCGAAGAGUUCCGAUCCAACGCAUCUUUUGACUCGCCUGAUCCUCUUCAUGAGCCUGCUUCGUUUCUUCCUGGUUUAGAUGACGCCACUGUGUACGGCCUUGCUGCCGUGCUUGUCAGCAAUUUGGCCUUCAUUUUCGCCGCGUUAGGUGUCUUCGAAGUUGCGCGUCUGCAUCUUGCUGCAGAGGCCGAAUCGAAUGACAGCGCCGACAAAGCCUCACCAAACUGUCUUGCCUCAGCUACCGUACUCUCUAGCGGGAGACAAUUGUCGCUAACUGCCCUCGUCCCUAAACCCUCCCAGAUCCAGGCACACCCUGGUUCGGAGGCUGUGCAGGCCUCGUGUAUAAACGAAAGCGAGAAUGACCAUGUGGAGAGAGAAGAUAAAGGCGACUACAUGGUACUGGCCGAAAAGAGGGGAAACGAAGAAGACGAACGAGAACAAGCCUGCAGAAUUGCCUUCCUUGCUGCCGGUUGGUUCUCUUUUUCGGCCGCAAGUAUCCACAUGAGUGCAGCGUACACCGAGAGCCUCUUCGCGGCGUUGAACACUUGGGGCCUGUAUCUGCUCCUCGUGGCUGAGCGCACGGCUGGUCUCCGCACGUCUCGCUGCUGUCUAGACACUCGAGGAAAUCUGCUUCAUUGUGGAGAGAACGAACCGAAGGCUGCUGCUGAGCAGAGAAGACGGGAAGGCGCUAACCGCAAGCAGGGUGUGACGCUGUCUCCGCGUGCCCACGAAUCGGGCCGCGUCAAUCCUGAACGCGACUUUUCGGUCGCAACGCUGCGCAAAUGCCUGCUGCUACUCCCAUCUGCCUUUCUUCUCCGAUGGGGGGCGACUUUCCUCUUUUGCCUUGCAUCGUUUCUCCGGUCCAAUGGGUCGGUUGCUCUGGUUCCGCUCUUCUUCCACACACUCCGAACGUGCCCUCUAAUUCGGUCGUUGAGAACGGGAGGAGACAUGCGCGCACGCUCGCCGCCUAAGAGGCCUCUUCUCCGUGUCUCUCCAUCCGCGGCAGGCGACUCGGCGUCCAUCAGAGAGACAUGCAAAUCGCGGGAUGGAGACAAAUCCGCAGCGAACACACAUCGGUGUUCAGGCGAUGACGACAAAAGGGAGGCUGGUCCGCGUGCGAGGGAAGAUGUGGGCGGCUGUUCCUCUACUACCGAAGACGUCAUGAGCUCGGCGCCGUGUUUGGUCUGUCAGAACAAAAGGAAACAAAGAAGGUCGUACGGGAGAUUGCUGGUCGCCACAGGCGCUCACUGGAUUGUUGCGCUCUUGCAGGCUAUCGCAGUCGUCUUGCCCAUUUUCCUGGUUCUGGCAUACCCAUAUUACCUAUACUGUGCAUGCCCUAAGACUUCUGAAGUCGCGGUUCCUGCCUGCAAUGUCGCAUCCGCGUUUCUCGGACAGGCUGUCCGUACACCGUACAGCCGAGGCGCGGAGGCGGGACACUCGGGCACUCGUCUUCCGUCGUCCUUUGCGGGUUCUAAGGGAACUCGCGGGUCCAUCUCAUCUUCUCUAGGGAGGCCAGGGGUCGUGCCUGCUCUCUCCCAGAACGAGUCCAAGUUCCCCUCUACGCUUCCCAACAAGUUUAGACACACGUUGACAUUCUCUCAAUUUGCCUACGAUGCCCUUGCUGUGGGGCUGCCUCGAUCAAUCGGCUUUGUCUUCUCUCUCUUGCGUCGUCUGCGUUCUACCUCUUUGUCUUCUUGGGUGUCUGAAGCUAAGCAAGCUACAGUCGAGUUAGCUCUGAACAGUUCAGUGACACUGGACGUGCAUGCAGUUGGGAAAGACCCCGCGACGAAUCCAGUCGGAAAGGCACAGGAUCGCGGGGUCUUUUCCGAGCCUUUUGACGACUCAGGGGACACACCUUGGGGCGAGGGUUUCACGAACACGUGGCCGGCAGAUCAACUAAAAAACUACAAGGAGCAACGCGAUCAUCAAUCGGGUCUAGCCGGCCGCGGUGUCCCUACGGGCAGUGGGAAGAGAUCUCUGUCGGACUCCAUUUUGCCGGUGCCGCAGUGGUGUCAGGCUCGCAUUCCCAACAUUUACCCCUGGAUCCAACGCGAAUACUGGGACGUCUACUUUCUAGGGUUCUUCCGUUUCAAGAAGCUGUACCUCAUUCUUCUGGCUCUCCCUUUCUACUUCCUUGCCCUCUCGUGCAUCCUUUUUUUUCUCCACCGAGCGUGGCGCGCGAGACUCCGUGCGGGGCGUUUGGACGAUGACGAGGACUGCCAAGGCAUGGACGAGAUAGAGAAGCCGCUGGCGGGAGAGAAGUUGCAGCAGGCGGUUGAGGACAGGCGACCUGUCAAGCAUUCGGAGCAUCCACGGCGGUUCGGGAAAUUCGUUUCUCUCUGUAGACAAGGGAGCCGUGUCCUUGUCGCCGCCUUGCUGGACCCUGCCUUCGGGGAAAUCUUUCAGCUGACGUUGCUGAUGAUGUUCAUGUUUCUAUGCGGCAACACGAACCCCGUGCGCAUGCGGUCCAAGCAGCGCCCGCUAAUGUGUUUCUCCAAGACGCUCCCGUUGGCUUAA